UUGAAAAAUUGCCACUGCUUCAGGGUCGAUUAGCAUACAUUGUUAAAAGUAUUUGUGCUCUUAUUGACUCAGCCAGGUAGCGUGCGGGUGACUUUGAUCACCCGUAUGUUGGCAACACAGCGCCCUGUGUAACAAGAAGACGUGGAGACCAGCUAAGACGCUCGAAAGUGAUCGACAGUGUUACUUGGAAGGUCGAUAAUAAUAAGUCAUAACUUCAACGACAACGGCUCUGAUUCUUCUAACGGCUUUUGGCUUAUUUCUGGGUAACGUGCGUAUGAUUUGCACGUUGGCACAGCGCUCGGUGUAACAAAAAGGCGUGGAGACCAGCGUAGACGCUCAAAAGUGAUCGGUAAUGUCACUUGGAAAGCCGAUAAUAUGAAGCCAUAUAUCAUAGUUCCAACGGCAGCGGCUCUGAUUAUUCUAACGGCUUUUAGUUACUACCUUUAUGGAGCAGACAUUAAAAGCUUAUUUCUGGACAACGGAAAAACGAUAGAAGGAAAGGCAGACAAUGGUGUUUUUGAAAAAACGUCUUUUCUCAAUAUUCCUCAGACAGUCCAGUUACAUAUGGAAAAUAAUCCCAUAGCGAUGAAGCCAGGCUUGCAAGAAAUGCCAAAACAAUACUCCUUCACGGUGGUUAGCGGAGCUAGUUCAGGCUUCUUCUCCCCGGGAUUAAAGAACUUAGUAGGAAGUGUGCAUCAUUGGUCCCCGGGGCGGAACAUUGUGAUCUGGGACUUAGGCCUGUCAGAGGAGCAAGUAGCAGAAAUCAAAACAUGGUGCAGAGUCACGUACAAAAAAGUUCCAUUUCGAACAUUAUGCGCCGCAUUUUCGUAAUUUACACACUUACGCUUGGAAACCGGCAAUAAUAAAAGAUAUGGUUGAUGAUAUAGGGAAUAUCCUGUGGAUAGACGCUGGGAGUUACUU